CACAUAUCGAUACUGAAUUUCUACAGUCAUAUCUAUGCUUAAAAUACACCUUGCAGUUGUUUUAAAAUAUUAACGCAUGUGGUCACCGUACUUUGAUGUAUUUAGGGCUAUUUUGUAGUUUAGAGAUUGGGAUUUAAAGUGUUAUUUGUGGGAAGCGCUCACCUGUAGAGCAAGUAUCGCUUGAGUUAGUCACUCUCAUUGUACCGCGAAUCUCCGGAAAUAUCUCUCUCGUCUCACAGCAGAAGUGGAAGUCUGAGAAGAAACGUCUACUGAUAGUUAUUCUCCUGGUGGUCUCUCAGAAAUGGACCCUAUGGAUGAAGGAAUGCGUUACACUCCUGGUUCUUCGGACAAGGACUGGGACACAGCUGUCACAUUCUUGCCAGCAUCGGAUAAUAAAAAGCUGGAGAAGAAGAGGGGCCCUGGGAAAGUUGGGAUCAUUGUUGGUCUGGUGAUCUUGGCAGCCGUUUUGGCUUUGAUCAUUGGGCUUCUGGUCUGGCAUUUCCACUUCCGGAAAGAUUUGAAACUACAGAAGAUUUACACAGGCUCGCUUAGGAUAACAAAUCAAGUUUUUGUGGAUGCAUAUGAAAACCCGGACAGUGCGGAGUUUAAAAACUUGGCAAACCAAGUCAUGGAUCAGCUGAAAUCAAUGUACUCAGAAUCUCCAGAACUGCCAAAAUAUUACAUUGGUUCCAGAGUUCAAGCCUUCAGUGAGGGCAGUGUAAUAGCUUACUAUGAGUCAGAGUUUGCUGUUCCAGUGGGACAGGAAGCAGCAGUGGAUCGGGCUGUGAGCAGCUUAAGUGAAACAUAUAGCACCAAAGUUCGCAGAGCUCAACAAGGUCCCCUAGUCUUUGAUCACGUUGUGUCUUCAGCUCUGGACACACGUCUGUUCUCAAAAGCCAGGACAAGUACGAGAUUCGCCCAGCACGCCAGGAGUUCUGCUGAAGAGACCAUUAAAUCACCGGGUUUCCCUGACCAACCUUACACUCCAAACUCCUUUGUGCAGUGGCAGCUCCGGGGAGAUCCAGGCCACGUGCUGAAGUUGUCUUUUGACACCUUCUACCUGGAAAAAAACUGUACAAAUGACUUUGUGAGAGUGUAUGACUCGUUGGUCACCAUGGACAAACACCUUAUGGCAGAGAAGUGUGGCUUUUAUUCUCCCAGUAAUCCCUUAACCUUCAUCUCGUCCCGGAAUGUUAUGUUGGUCACCUUUGUAACCAACGAAGAAGGGAAUUUUCCUGGUUUCAGAGCCCGUGUCACUCAGUUCAGUCGAGAUAGCGGCGAACUUGCAUGUGGUGGUAAAUUGAGUGGAUCCUCUGGUAGUUUUAAAUCACCCAACUUUCCCAGUUAUUACCCACCCAGCACCACAUGUCAGUGGGACAUCGAGGUUCCUAAUAGCAAAUUCAUCAAGUUGAAGUUCCCCAAGUUCAUGGUUUCUACAGGGAGUCCGAAUUGCCCAGGAGAUAAUGUGCAGAUUGUUGGUAAAAGCACAUUGUGUGGGCAGCAGCCUGCUAAUACCAUGGUUACAGUCAACAGUAACCAGGUGUCGGUUGUGUUCAAAUCGGAUUCAUCACAAGUAGAUCGAGGUUUCAGCGCCACUUAUGAGGUCUUUGAGCCCUCUGACCCCUGCCCGGACCAGUUCCAGUGUAACAACAAACGCUGUAUAGACCCAUCCUUGCGCUGUGACGGCUGGAACGAUUGUGGUGAUGGCACAGAAGAGAAGAACUGCAAAUGUGACGCCAGCAUGAUCCAGUGCAGAAACGAGGUCUGUAAGCCGAUGUUCUGGCGGUGUGAUGGCGUAAAUGACUGUGGAGAUGACACAGAUGAACUUAAUUGUGGAUGUAAGAUUGGAGAAUUCAAAUGCAAGAACGAUCAGUGUGUCUCAGAGAAGCUGAAGUGUGACGGGAAUCCUGACUGUAAAGACGGCUCAGAUGAAGACGGCUGUACAAGAGAUAUUUGUAAAGCCUCAACGUUUGCAUGCAAUAAUGGCAAAUGUAUCACAAAACAGAACCCUAUGUGCGAUGGACAAGAUGACUGUGGUGACAACUCGGAUGAAUCCAGCUGCGACUGUGGUAAGAAGGCUUACACAAAUUCUCGAAUUGUGGGUGGGCAGGAAGCAGAUAUGGGCGAGUUCCCAUGGCAGGUCAGCCUGCACGUUAAAAACACAGCACAUGUUUGCGGUGCAUCAAUCAUCAGUGACCUAUGGCUUGUGACGGCAGCCCACUGCGUUCAAGACGAUGUCAAAAUCAAAUAUGCUCAGGCAGGAACAUGGGAAGCAUACUUGGGUCUCCACAGACAAACAGAGAAACAGAAGGCAACAAAGAGAUUCCUAAAACAAAUCAUUCCUCACAAGAACUACAACUCCCACACCUAUGACAAUGACAUCGCUCUGAUGGAGCUGGACUCACCCGUGACCUUCAGUGCGACCAUUCGACCCAUUUGCUUGCCCACUGCCACUGACGUCUUCCCCACUGGUGAAACAGUCACUAUCAGCGGCUGGGGUGCCACCAGAGAAGGGGGCGCUGGAGCACCUGUGCUGCAGAAAGCGAAUGUUCGCAUCAUCAACGGCACGGUGUGUGACGAACUAAUGAAUGGACAGAUCACAUCUCGCAUGACGUGUGCUGGCGUUCUGUCAGGAGGAGUGGAUGCUUGCCAGGGUGAUUCUGGCGGUCCUAUGUCUUUUUUAACAAAUGAUCGUAUGUUCCUGGCGGGAGUGGUGAGCUGGGGUGACGGUUGUGCUCGCAGAAACAAGCCAGGCAUCUACACAAACGUGCCAAAAUUCAGGGCCUGGAUCAAGGAGAAGACAGGAGUAUAAGUUGCUCAUAGAUUUUAUGAACGGUUUUGUUUUCUCAGGUUGCAAACGUUUUAAUAACAUACGUGGAAUAACCCAGCAUAGCCUGGCUGAAGAGUGGGAUGGACUUUUGACCUGUUUUUGUCUAACAAUUGUUUUAUACAUUUGUAUAUUUUAAGAGGAGAGCGGUUUGAGGGUUUUAUUCUGUCUAAAGAUAUGUAAAUAAAUGUCUUAUUUUCUCCUUUUAACGGUUUUGUGGUUUUUAGUGACUACAUUCUUAAAGUGAAGCUUUUAUUUUUUGAAUGUGAAUGAUUUAGCUUUGUUUUCUUUGGUUCAAGGAGUGUGUAUUUCUAGUGUCACACUCGCAUGCUUGAAUGUGAACAUCUUAAAUCUUUUCAUGACUUUUGUGCAAAAUGUAUGUAUGUAAUGUGAUUUUAAAGUUUGAGUUACACAUGGAAACACUUGAAAAGAAGUCGAGAGUCUGGAGUGCUUUAAAUUUGAUUCAGGGAUCACAUUUAACACAAAAAAAUAAAUUUAGAAACAAAAAAACAUGUUUCAUUCACAAUUUAGCAACCUUUUACAAAUAAAUGUGUAUCUGAUUAAUACAGUGUGAAAUUUGUAUAAUGCUUACCAAAAGAGUGCAACAAAUCGAUUCUAGAAGUACAAAUUUCAUUCAUUUUCUGCCUAUAGGAGAUUGUUUGAAAACUUCAAAUACAGACUUACAGUGAUUUCAGACGUUGUCAAUCAAUAAUAUACCCAGUUUGUUAUUUCAUUGUUAAUAGUGUUGAACAAUGCAGUUGGUCAAGAAUUACACACCUGUG